AUGGCUGAGGAAAGCCAGGAGAUGGAUGGCAUCCAUUUUCCGUUUCCCUUCCCCCCUUAUCCUAUCCAGAAAGACUUCAUGGCAGAACUCUACAAGGUUUUGGAGGCUGGCAAGAUUGGGAUAUUUGAGAGUCCAACUGGCACGGGAAAGUCCUUAAGUCUGAUUUGUGGGGCCCUGUCCUGGCUCCGGGACUUUGAACAGAAGAAAUUGCAAGCAGAGGCUGGUCUCCUCGCUCCUGCAUCUGGCCCCCACAAGUAGUGGGAGGAACUCCUCCUGUCUUCCUCAUCCUGCCAAGAACCCUCUGACACCCUGAGACCUGCUGGAGAUCCUGACUGGGUCACUGAAUUUGUGCAGAAGAAAGAAGAAAGGGACCUGGUGGGAGGCUGAGAGAGAAUGGAGGAGGAGCAGGUGAGGAGGAGGAAGCGAGAGGAGCGGCUGCAGGAGGUCUGCCAGGAUAGAAGAUGCAGGUUUCCUGCCAAGCGCUCGAGACAGGAGGAAGAGGAGAUGGAGACUCUCCUGCGCCUCAGCAGGGAGAUGCUUGCUGCAGACACAGCACCAGAGCAGCUGGGGCAGCUGGAGUGUGGGGAGGAGCAUCUGGUUCUGGCAGAAUAUGAGAGUGAUGAGGAGAGAGGAGGCAGCAGGGCGGAUGAGGGUGAGGAUGACUUGGAGGAAGAACAUAUAACCAAGAUUUAUUACUGCAGUCGGACACACUCACAGCUGGCCCAGUUUGUGCGUGAGGUACAGAAGAGCCCUUUUGGCAAGGAGACGCGGCUAGUCUCCCUUGGGUCUCGGCAGAGCCUUUGUGUGAAUGAAGAUGUGAAAAGCCUGGGUUCUGUGCACCUCAUGAAUGACCGCUGCGUGGACAUGCAAAGACGCAAACACGAAAAGAUCAGAAUUGGGGAAGACAAGGCAAAGAGAAGGAGACAGAAGAUGCAGGCCUCCUGCCCCUUCUACAACCAUGAGCAGAUGGAGCUUCUCCGGGAUGAGAUUCUGCUGGAGGUGAAGGACAUGGAGCAGCUCGUGGCCCUCGGGAAGGAGGCCCAGGCCUGCCCCUAUUAUGGAAGCCGCUUUGCCAUCCCUGCAGCCCAGCUGGUGGGUUUACCCAAUGCUGCACUGACUCUAAAGCAACCCGGCAACUAGGGGAUCAGGCUGCAAGGGCAGGUGGUCAUGGACGAGGCUCACAACCUGAUUGACACCAUCACCAAUAUCCACAGCACAGAGGUCAAUGGUUCCCAGCUCUGCCAGGCCCAUUCCCAGUUGCUCCAGUACAUGGAAAGAUACAGGAAGCAUGGUUUAAAGGCCAAGAACCUGAUGUACAUCAAGCAGAUCCUGUACUUGCUGGACAAGUUUGUGGCUGUUUGGGAGGGAAGGUCAAAACCCAGUACACAGAGCCUGCCUCAGACAGGGUCUGAGCUGCAGAGCAUCAACGACUUUCUCUUUCAGAGCCAGGUGGACAACAUCAACCUCUUCAAGGUUCAGCGGUACCUGGAGAAGAGCAUGCUCAGCAGGAAGCUCUUUGGCUUCACAGAAUGCUUUGGAGUUGUUCUUCCAUCCGUCUCAGACUCUGAGGAGAACCGAGGUCUGGGUGGCUUCCAGCAGUUCCUGAAGAGCCUGCAGUCAGGGCCUCCUAAGGACUCCCUGGAGGAGGGCCAGGCUGUAGCCCUGCGGCCUGCCUCCCCACUGAUGCACAUUGAGGCCUUUUUAGAAGCUCUCACCACAGCCAACCAGGAUGGCAGGGUGAUCGUGAACCGCCAAGGCAGUGUUGGUCAGAGCAGCCUUAAGUUCUUACUCUUGAAUCCAGCUGUGCACUUUGCCCAGGUGGUGAAGGAAUGCCGAGCCCUGGUCAUUGCUGGUGGCACCAUGCAGCCGGUGUCUGACUUUCGGGAGCAGCUGCUGGCAUGUUCUGGGGUAGAAGCUUCGAGAGUGGUUGAGUUCUCCUGUGGUCACGUGAUCCCUCCAGACAACAUCUUGCCCCUUAUCAUAUGCAGUGGGCCCUCUAACCAACAGCUGGAAUUCACCUACCAGAGAAGAGAGCUGCCUCAGAUGAUGGAGGAGACGGGCCGCAUUCUCUGUAACUUGUGCAAUGUGGUCCCUGGAGGGAUGGUGUGCUUCCUUCCUUCCUACGAGUACCUGCGCCAGGUACAUGCUCACUGGGACAAGACUGGCCUGCUGGCACGUUUGUCUGUCAGGAAAAAGAUCUUUCAAGAGCCCAAGAGAGCGAGCCAGGUGGAGCAGGUGCUGACGGCGUAUUCCAAGUGCAUUGCGAGCUGCAGUCACUCAGAAGGCCAUCUGACAGGGGCCCUACUCCUCUCUGUGGUUGGAGGGAAGAUGAGUGAAGGGAUCAACUUCUCUGACGACCUGGGCCGGUGUGUGGUGAUGGUGGGGAUGCCGUACCCCAACAUUAAGUCUCCAGAGCUACAAGAGAAGAUGGCCUACUUGGAUCAGACCCUUCCUAGGACACAUGGUCAGCCCCCGCCAGGGACGGUAUUGAUAGAGAAUCUGUGUAUGAAGGCUAUAAACCAAUCCAUAGGCAGGGCCAUCAGGCACCAGAGGGACUUUGCCAGCAUUGUGCUCCUGGAUCACCGGUAUGCCCGGCCUUCCAUCCUGGCCAAGUUGCCCGCCUGGAUACGAGACCGAGUGGAAGUCAAAGCCACCUUUGGGCCUGCUUUUGCUGCUAUGCGGAAGUUCCAUCGAGAAAAGUCACACCCAUGUCUGGGGUAAGCUUCUGUUUAUUUUCUGUGCUUGACCUGGCCUUCGUAUAUGGCCUAAGAAGGUGCAAACCAUAUGCAGACUGCUGUGUGCACCAGCCUUCAGAGGCCGUGCCCUCCAGCGUUUGGACUCACAUAGAGAAGCCACAAGGACAGAGCCAGAACAUCCUGAAGACACCACGUUCCCGGAGACAAGAGUCUCACUGUAGCACCUGGCUCAGGUUCAGCUCUCUGCCUUUUCUGAGGUGAGGCCCGCCUGCCUCUGACCCAUGCCAUGUAAGCUUUCCUUGGCCUUGGACUCCCAUCUCAGACACAGAUGUCCUGUUUCAAGCUUUAUUGCCUGGCCCAAAAUUGUACACACAUCAUCUGUCCAGAAGAGAAUUUGAGAAAACAAUGGGGACAUACUUAAUAUUGAAAGAGCUGACAUAAACUGAUUUUUCUGAAGGACCUUCACAAAGACUUGGACCCUGGUCAUAUACUUCUCUAUACCCCAUAAAGGAAGAAGCAUUGAUCCUGUCCACAGCUCCUCAGGCCUCUGUGCUCAGAACAACAUUCCCCUGAAGACAUGUCAUGGGGCAAAAGGGUCUCCAUGUUUUUCAUUUUCUUCUGUUGUUCCCUGAACAUGAACAGCUCCUUCAUGUUCAGCAGUGGCUGUCCCUUAUAUGAUCUUCGGCAAACUCAGGAGCCAUAUGCCCUUGGCAUUUAGGCAACACCCUGGGCUGCAAACUGAGAGGAGCCAAGAGGAGGCAGAGGAGAGAGUGCAGGCUUGUCUUUCAACGGUGCUUGUACCGCUUGCAGCUCAAAGGGGUUCGAUCCUUGAAUCCUCCCCAGAUUGAAGUGGUAAGGCCCUCACACCUGGGGGAUGUUUUGAGACAGACAGACCUUCACAGGGAGACACAUUAAGAUUUUGUCACUAGCGCAGGACUUUAGCAUGCACUGAAGUGCAGCUAGAAAUCCAAGUUCUAAAAGGACCCAGAGAAUGACAGCCUCUGUAAACCUUGAAGGAUUGUCACUGGGAAUCUACUCAUCUGUUACCUGCUUUCUGAAAUGGCAAUGUUCCCAGGGUCAUAUCAUAGGAAUAUCAUCCAGGUAUCAUGCCCAAUUAAAACAUCGAUUGAACUUUAUGAUCAAGUAUGAGAAUUUUCCUAAAUGCAAUUGAUAUCAUGAUAAUAGAUAUUUGUCUAGGGACAGCGUGCAGUGUGAGCUAUGUAAAAGCAUUGGGGAGAUGCGGUGGGAGGAAUAACUGAUCCAGGUCAUCAAAGGCGGCAGCAGGUUGCAGAAUGAAGAGACCCAGAGACCUCAUUUGUUGUGUGACUUCCAUCAAGCCACUUAGAGACCUCUACACCUUAAUGUGUUAUUCACUUAUUAAAAUGUUUGUUCCAUUUGCCUUAUAACCUGAAA